UCUUCCCACUCGGAAGUGUAUCCCCUGCGGUAUCGUAUGACACUCGACAGUGGCCCAGACUUCGCGCUCUUGUCUGGGCCUGCGGCGGCGACGGGCGCCCCGGUAUCCGGGGAGCAGCCGAAGGACCAGAAGAAGCGGGAGUGGCUGAAGGUAUACGAGACGUUGCCCGCGCAGUUGCUCAGCGCGCAUGGGCCUUCGAAGUUCGCCAAGUUGAAGGACGGGCAGGUAUGGGCCCAGAUGCAGGGGCCGCUGAAGAGCGGGGCCGUAUGGAUGUCGGAGAUGUGCAGCAAGGAGCCGGAGCGGAGGGGUGUCGGUAUUAACCGUUUCAUUCACGCGAUGAAGACCUUCUGCGAGCAUCAAAAGGAUCCCUCGGUUAUGGCGCACAACAAGGCGGUAUUGAAGGAGCAGAUGUAUAACGAUCUGUACAAAGAGAUUGAGGAGAUCCCCCCGGCCUUGCAGUAUUGUUUGGCACCCAAGAAGCAGCCUGAGAAGAAGGGUGCUGCUCUCCUCCGUGCGAGCGGCACGGACGAGGCGGUGCAGGGGACCGCGAAGACGGGGCCGGAGUUGGACAAGUAUGCGAAGCAGGUCUAUGACUGGCUGGACAAGACUAAACUGUCGCGAGUUCGUAUGAUGGCCAAUUGGCAGAGUUGCGGGGGGUUGGCCUUUGUGGCUCAGUGCCACCAUCGGGCGACCACCUGCUUCAGGUAUCACGGCAACAGCUUUCACGGAGCUGGUCCAGCGCAGCAAGAGGUAUCACUUCAAGAGUUCCAGGCCGCUGUGAAGCUCCGCCACUCGGUCGGCCACAACGGUAUGGACGUGGAGGGGGUGAGCGAGGUCUCCGGCGUCAACGACUUCGGGAACGCUUCCUGA